CUUUGAAAAAUAAAUCUGUUCUUUUUUCUUAUAAAAGACUAAAUAAAACAAAAUUAUUGGUGGUAAUUUCUGACUGUGUGACUUUAGGCUCCCCACACACGUGCAUGUCGGAGGGAAUAAAGGAGGGAUCAUGUUUUAAAUAAAUAUUUUUACUCAGAGUUACUAAGUUAGAGGAGAGGACGCAGCUGAUGGAUGAGCUGCUCUGACGGAGCAGGAGUUCCUGCGGAGGCGCACGAGAGAGGAGAGGGAGAGAGGCGCGCGGGCACGACUGCUGCCCGCUUUUUAACAAUCAGCCCUGAUGAGCGCAGAUUGGUUUCAGUUAAACCGGCGCAGGUGCGUCGGAUGUGCGGCGAUGUGGCGCAGCUGAGACCCCCUCUUUCCCCCGGACUGGACCUUCUGGCGCAUCUUUGAGCAGAAACUCUUCCACGGACGGGGGGGCUUUUAUUUGUUCCCGGGACAUGAUGUAUCGUGCAAUAAGAUCCUGUCCAGGACUCAUGUUUGGGGGCAGAAUCCGACAGGAUCUGGACUGAUCCAAAGGAGGGAGCAGACAGAAAACUGUCUCAGUUUUUGCGCACAGGACCAGUUGAAAUGAGGACAUCCCGGCUGUGCUGCGACUGAACAGUUUUAUUCAGAGAGGAGCUUCUCAAGGACUCACAGAAAAAAAUAAUAAAUAAUUUAUAUAAAAAAAAAAAAGUGAGGAAAAAAAGCCGCGAAGCAUGGAGCGGGACGCGCCGUCCAAGAAGACCAUCAUGGCGAAGAUCUUCAAAGUUCGUAAGAGGAGGGAGAUGAUGUUCGUGCAGUUGUGCUUCAUCUGCAGCGUCCUGCUCGUGGCGUGGAGCAUGUCGGCGCUCCUCACUAAGACAGGACACGGGAUGAUUGUGGAGGUGCAUCCAGACCUUGAGCACUGGGGGAGAAGACUAAUGGCCUUUGUAUCAGAAAAUGAGACGGAGCCAAAGAACUGCUCGGAACCAGCCAUCCACGAGUUCCCAGAUGACCUUUUUACCAACAAUGAACGAAAGAGCGGAGCCAUCCUGCUGCACAUUGCGGCGACUCUCUACAUGUUCCUGGCCCUCGCCAUAACCUGUGACGAAUACUUUGUGACUUCGCUGGAGAAGAUCUGCGAGAAACUGGAUCUCAGUGAAGAUGUGGCAGGAGCCACCUUCAUGGCAGCUGGCAGCUCUGCGCCCGAGCUCUUUGCGUCUGUCAUCGGUGUCUUCAUCACCCACGGUGACGUGGGAGUGGGGACGAUCGUUGGCUCAGCAGUCUUCAACAUCCUUUGCAUCAUUGGUGUCUGUGGAAUCUUUGCUGGACAGGUGGUCCUGCUGACCUGGUGGGCUGUUUUCAGGGACUCGUUCUACUACAUCCUGUCUGUCGUGGCUCUGAUUGCAUUCAUCUACGAUGAGAAGAUAGUUUGGUGGGAGAGUUUGGUGCUGGUGCUCAUGUACGCCGGAUACAUCCUCGUCAUGAAAUUCAACUCCAGCAUGCAGCGGUUCUUCAUGGGCUCCAAGUAUAAGAAAAAUGUGGCCAAUGGUAACGCUGCGAUCAGCAAUGAAAUGGAGGACGGUAAUACUUGUUUUGACUAUGUUUGGGAUGACGACCCGUCGUCACCUUUACUCUCAGCAGUCAAGCCCACCAAGCCCUACAGCCGUGGUUCAGUGGUGAUGGUGGAUGAGAUGAUGAAUGCCAGCCCUUCAAAGUUCAGGUUUCCAGAAGCGGGCCUCAGAGUCAUGGUCACCAGCCACUUUGGACCCAAAACCCGUCUGCGCAUGGCCAGUCGGCUCAUCAUCACAGAGCGCCAGAAGUUGGUGCAGGCGUCCAACGGUGUGGAGACACAAGUGACUGACGGGAAGCUUGAGAUAGAGAACGGAAACGUGCCGGAGGACAAACCCACCAAGGCAGAGGAAAGUGACUCCAUCUCUCCUUUUCACAUCCCAAGUGGGAUUGGCACCAAGGUGAAGUGGCUAAUCUCGUGGCCUCUGCUCCUGCUGCUCUUCUUCACCGUCCCGAACUGUGCCAAACCUCGCUGGGAGAAAUUCUUCAUGCUCUCCUUCCUUCUCUCCACCGUCUGGAUUGCAGUUUUCUCCUACCUGAUGGUCUGGAUGGUCACUAUAAUUGGCUACACGCUGGGAAUCCCUGAUGUCAUCAUGGGCAUCACGUUUCUGGCUGCGGGCACCAGCGUUCCAGAUUGCAUAGCCAGUCUCAUUGUGGCUCGACAAGGUCUUGGCGACAUGGCAGUGUCCAACACAAUCGGCAGUAACGUGUUUGACAUUUUAGUCGGACUCGGAGUUCCCUGGGCCAUGCAGACCAUGUGUGUCAACUAUGGAUCAGAGGUGAUGAUCAACAGUCGGGGCUUGUUGUACUCCGUGGUACUUCUGCUGGGCUCUGUGGCACUGACGGUGCUGGGGAUCCACCUGAACAAGUGGCAGCUGGAUUUUAAGUUGGGCAUGUACGUCCUCAUCCUGUACGCCGUCUUCCUCUGCUUCUCCAUCAUGAUCGAGUACAACGUCUUCACUUUCGUCAACCUGCCCAUGUGCAUGGAGGAGUAGAGCCUCGGAAACCUCAACGGCCCCGAAAACAUCUGUUCUUUGAAGACUGGACCUAUUUUCUUUCUUUUUCCUCUUUCUUUUAUAAAUGUUUCU